GGAAAUGGGAAGAAGAAUGACGUCGACCAAUCAGAUUAGAGCUUUAUUCCAAAAGCUUGUUUCCGGAGUGGCCUGUUAUUAUCUCAGCAGCACAUGAAUUAACGGUCUCCCUUCAAGUCUGUCAAAAUGAAUAUGUAUGCUAUACCCAACGAGGGAAUACCCGGAUGUCCGCCAGGGUUAGAGUACCUGACUCAGGUGGAUCAGCUCCUCAUCAAACAGAAAGUUGAGCUUGUUGAAGCCCUAUUAGAUUGGGAAAGCAACAACAAGUAUGAGAUCCGUAACACCUUGGGUCAGGACGUGUUCUUCGCUGUAGAGGAGAACGACUGUCUGACCCGACAGUGCUGCGGCCCCAUGCGCUCCUUCACCAUCCACAUCCUGGACAACUUCGGACAGAAGGUCAUCAGCAUCUCCAGACCGCUGAAGUGCACGACCUGCUGCUUCCCCUGCUUCCUACAAGAGCUGGAGGUGCAGUCCCCCCCUGGGAACACAGUGGGGUACGUUAAACAACAGUGGCACCCGUUCUCCCCCAAAUUCAUCGUGGCGAACGAACACAACGAGCCCGUGCUGAAGAUCCACGGGCCCUUCUGCGGGUGGAGCUGCCUCCCGGAUGUUGACUUUGAGAUUCUGACGAUGGAUGAAGUCUCCCAGAUCGGGAAGAUCAGUAAGCAGUGGACAGGACUUCUCCGGGAAGUCUUCACAGAUUCAGACAACUUUGGCAUCCAGUUCCCCAUGGACCUGGACGUGAGGAUUAAGGCCGUCUUGAUCGGAGCCUGUUUUCUCAUUGAUUUCAUGUUCUUUGAGUCGUCUAACUAGGAGCCAAACAGGAUGCUCAUACACAUUACUGCAAAGCCAUGAAGAUCAGUCCAAGUCGCCCCGACAUAGAACAACCUCUUCAAAAAAAAAGGACAACCAAAACAUACCUUACUGUUACAGUUCUGCAUGAGCAAUGAAGUAGAAGGUUUGUUUUAGACUUUAGCUGCUCAGGUUAAGUUGUGUCUAAGCUGUGAGUGCACAGUGCAGUGUUUCUAGACAAAGCUUUGCUUGUGUUUACAUUGUUGUCGCUUAUCUGGGCCUACAGAUGCAAACACCGGGACAUAAACAUUUCCAUUAGGAGAAACGUUGUGCAGCUUCAGACCGUAAAGAAUAUUAUGUAUACAUCAGGGAAGGAAAAGGACACACCAUGCAGGCAAGUGCUGUUAUACAGUAAGUGUUUAGCCAUACCAGAGCUAUAUUGUGCAGUUUGUAGUGUAGAUAUUCAAAGCUCUUACUUUUUGAUUUGUGUGUGUGCUCUGCUUUAGACGAAUGUGUGUGUGCUAGUUGGUGUUGGUGUGUGUAACUGAAGCAUCACUAUAAUAUUUUAACAGUUAUGCAUUAUCAUUAUUGAACAGAGAGGGGGGGUUAUGGCUGAGUACCCCGUGUUGUCCACACGAGGGCGCUAGCUCUUCAUUUGUGGAGACUCCCUGCUCAUGCCAUGAUGUUUUAUUGGACAUUAAUUGUAUUUUUUUGGACAAACUCAGGUUUGAAUGCAUGCUGCUGUUUGUUGUGAUGCUACUGCUGGCAGCUGGGAUCACAAACCUGCACCUCAUGCUAUUACUGGAGUAAUCUUUUAGGGGGGGGGGUUUGUACACUGUUUAGUACUAUUUGGACAUAAUGUUUUCUUCUCCAUAUAAACACGUGCAAUUUGCAUAUCCAAUAGUGCAACCAUUAUACAAAAACACACACAGCUGAUGGAAAAAGUCUCAUAAAUUGGCUCCACAUUGACAUUAAGAACUGACAUUAUUAUACACUGAGAUAUUGUGGUGAAAGGAGCCAUUCUGCAUACUGAGUACUUUCACUGAGGUGCAUUUACCUGAUAUUACUUCUACUCAACACUUUUACUUGUAAACUCAAAUAAAGGAUCAUGAUGUGACAUUAAAAUAGGGUUUAAUGAGCAAAGAUAUGAUAUAAAGUAUUUGGAGAUAAACAUCCCGGUCACUAUGAGACUGUUUUUGCAUCAUGAUGUCAACUGUGGAUCAGAAAAAUGAGAAACAGCAUUCGUUUAAUUUAAUUCAUGAAUAAAAUGGAUGUUUUUUGCACUCAAUUCAGAAAAAAUCCCUCUAAUUCCAGUAAAUUCUGAUUAUUUUCUUGCCAUUCCGAUUCCCCUGAUCAUUAUUUGAAUGGAUCAAUAGUAUGAGAUGCUGGUGCUGCUUCCCCUGAAGGCUUUUUGAUUGUGUUUAGAAGCCAGAAUCGUACGUCAGAAUGUGAAACAAAGGGACUUUAUCACUUCCCGCUCAGAUAGAAACAGUACUUAUUCUUCUACUUUUGCACUGAACAACUACUUUGUGUUAUGUGAUGAAUGCAAACUAACUGUGAGCUACGCUUCAAAUGUGCAAAUAUAGUCCAUGGAAAAAAGAAAUUCAAUAAAAAAGAUAUAUUGUGAA